CCACCUGGGAGGAAUGUAGUGUAGUUCUUUUUGAUGGGUUGAUGACACGGCACCACACCGAAACAACUCCAGUUUUGUUAACGAGGAGUAUUUAAUUGGAGUUUUCGCGGAUUUCCCAGUGAAAUAGAAGACUAAAUGGUGUUUUAGUGAAAAGAUGGGUGGUCAAAAGUUUGAAUACGAUGAAAGUGGAAGUACAUUUUUCUAUUUUGUACUAUCUUUCCUCGGUCUAAUUCUUAUUCCAUGCACUUUCUACUAUUGGCCGCGGAAGAAACGCGAAGAUCCAAACAUCGUCAAGGAGCAAUGUCAAUGUCCACCAUGCAUGGAUAAGCGGGAUUUGCUUCAGAAUUCAGAGCCAUAUCGACGUUUCAAAUCCCUGUUGAUUAAAUUGGUUUUGGUCGGAGGCUGGGCUCUGCUCUUCUUCCUUGCCUACAAAGUCUCCCAAUUUGACUAUGAGAUGUCCAAUUUUGAUCCCUAUGAAAUCCUAGGACUACCCCUGGGUUCCUCCCAAUCCGAAGUUAAGAGAGCUUAUCACCAGCUGUCACGAAUCCUGCAUCCGGAUAAACCUACGGGAGAUGAAAAAGCCUUCAUGAAGCUCACGAAAGCCUAUCAGGCGCUCACGGAUGAUGAGGCUAGGAAAAACUGGGAGAGAUAUGGAAAUCCUGAUGGACCAGGAGCCAUGUCCUUUGGAAUUGCUCUGCCAGCGUGGAUUGUUGAGAAAGAGAACAGCAUCUGGGUUCUGGGACUCUACGCCCUUAUCUUUAUGAUUGCACUUCCGACUGCUGUUGGAAUGUGGUGGUAUCAUUCAAUUCGCUUCAGCAGCGACAAGGUCCUCCUGGACACCACACAGAUGUACUUCUACUUCUUCCAUAAAACUCCUCACAUGGCUCUCAAACGAGUCAUCAUGAUCCUGGCAGCAAGUCUUGAGUAUGACAAACGUCACAAUUCCCAAGUUGUUGAACGUCAGUCAGACAAUGAGGAAGUGCCAAUGCUCAUCCGUAUGCUGCCGAAUCUCAAUGAAAAAUGCAAAGAGAUGCCACUCUGUCGGAUGUAUUCCAUCAAAGCACGAGCCAUCCUUCAUGCUCAUCUCAGUCGAAUUCCCCUCACUCCCAAUACUCUCGAUCGCGAUCGGCAGUUCAUCGUGAAAAAAUGCCCGUAUCUCAUCCAAGAGAUGGUCUCAUGCGUCAAUCAGCUCAUUAUGCUGGCUUAUGCAAAGCGCAUUUCUCGACUUCCGACAAUUGAAACUAUUGAGAAUUGCAUGAAACUGUCUCCGAUGAUUGUUCAGGGACUCUGGGAAUUUAAGAGUCCACUGCUGCAGCUACCCUACCUCACAGAGGAUCACUUGAGGUACUUCGCAACAAAGAAGCGCCACAUCAAGAACCUCCAGCAAUUUGCUCAGUUGCCAGCAGAGGAGAGUCGGGCUAUUCUAAAAAAUCUCAAUGACUUUGAGUACUACACACUAAUGAAGGUUUUAGGGAAGAUGCCAGUUAUUGACUUUAGUUUUCGCUGUGAAGUGAUUGACGAUGAGCAUACCAAUGUUGUGACUGCGGGAGCAAUUGUGACGGUGACAGUGACUCUUGAGAGGAAGAAUAUGAGUGAAUUGUUUGGAGACACAAAUGCUGCAGAAAAACCAAGCAUAAAGGAAGAAGAUGAGGAUCAGGAGAAUGAGGGCAAUGUUGAAAGUCAGAAUCAGGUGAAGAAGCCAAUUUGGGCGAAACAGGGCAAAAAGGGUCACAAGGGUGGCAAGAACAAAUACAAAAGUGGAAAUGUAAAACACAAAGUUACAUCAAAUCCAUCCAAUGCGGUGAAGAAUGAAGAAAAACCUGUUGUUGUGAAAAAGCAAAAGUCCAACGAAGGGGAUUCCGAUGCAGAGAGUACUCUGGACAGUGAUGAGGAGAAAUUUUCCUCAGAUGACGAGAAGAAGACGGCAGAGGAUGAUGAUUUUGAGUGGGAGAAAUUUCAGCAGAAGCUGAAUAAGCGGGAGAAGCUGGAGGGUAAAUCGAAGCUCUCGCAUGCUGUGCACUGCCCAUACUUCCCGGAGGACAAGCAGGAGUACUGGUGGACGUACAUCUGCGACAGGAAGUCCCGAACACUCCUCACAGCUCCCUAUCACGUGACCAAUCUCGUGGACAGGGAAGAGGUGCAGCUGAAGUUCACGGCUCCGCGUUGGCCAGCUCUGUAUACAUUUACCGUGUGUUUGCGCUCGGAUUCGUAUAUGGGCAUGGACCAGCAGCUGGAUAUGAAGCUGGAUGUGAAGGAGGCUACGGCCAUUCCAACGGUUGAGCCUCAAUGGGAAUUCAGUGAGUCGGAGUCCGAUCCCAAUUUGCAAGGGAGUGAGUAUACCACCGACACAUCCGAGGAUGAAGAGGAGGAUUGAGAGAUAUUGUGAACCGUACUGUCUUUAUUUGGCAUUCUGUGCAGUGAGAAUAGUUUUCAAAUAAAAUUUAACACUA